AUGCCUUCGUUGUGGGACAAUCCUGCCCCGGUAAGCGGGAAUCGGUCUACCAACGGAACCCUCCAGAAGGACGCAGAGCAAAAUGACCCGGCAAACGGUGAACUGGUCGAGGAUAUCUACUACAUCAAUAGUCUGAACCAAACCGUCAUCGCAGCAUGGGAGCUCCAAACCCCCGACCAGCUCAAAAAAGACGUCCUAACCAAGCGCCCCGAGUGUCUAUCGGUCUGGGGCGCAGAUCGGCGCGUCAAAGUCUCUCCGGAACAUUUCCAGCCACAUGGCAAAUAUCGAGCCAUCUGCAAGCUCUUCAUGGGAUUCUCCCGCAACGAAGGACACAACUACAUCGCGACAGGCUGGCUCAUCGCCAAGGAUGUAGUGGUGACCGCGGGCCAUUGUCUCUACGAUACCAGGAACGGAUAUCUAAAGUCGGUCAAAGCGUAUAUCGGAUACCAGGGACCGGAGGAGCAAGCCCUACAGAGGAAUUCGUGUCAGAUGAGACUGGGAAGCAUUGCUGUGACGCCGGCAGAAUAUAUCAAGACGAGUCACACGGUGCAUGACGUGGGGUUUAUCAAACUCGAGCGACCGUUCGACGACGUGGAACCGUUCCUCCCGCAGGACACGCCGCGGUCUGCCUCCGGGGUUCGCCUCGGGGUGGUCGGAUACCCCGGCGACCUCCACUCCGGCAACGAGAUGUACGAGCACUGGGAUACCACCGACAUCGACCUGUCCACCAAUGGAUACUUGAAUUACCGCAUUGACACCGAGGCGGGAGAGUCGGGCUCGCCUGUGCUCCGCGACAUGGGAUCCGGCAAAUUGGUUCCGAUCGGCAUCCAUACCGAUGGAGGCCAUCCAAAUGCUGGAUCUGCCAUCGGUGCCUUCGGUAACCUGUUCUCCGACUAUACGACGGCGCUGAAGAUCAAACAGACGCAGCAGCUGUCCCCGGGCGCGAAGAGGGUUGCUGCGCCCGAGGUGCGAGGCACGAGGAAUCUGGAAUAUAUUAGUCUUCCUGGUACCAAAGAGGCCCGAAACAGGCCGUCUGAGGCUUCUCCGCAGGGGAAGGAGAGUUCGUUGGAUGACACUCAUAAGCCCGCUGGCAAUAAUCGGGUGACCAGCCUGUGGGCGCCUGAUAAGCGCACGGAGGCAGCUGAGACGAUUCGAACGUUGCAGGGUACAACUUCUCAGGCAGGCUCAAGUCGCAAUGACGGAGGAACCAGUCUGUGGGCAUCCGAUAAGCGCACAGAAGCAGCGCGGGCGAUCCAAGCUCUAGAAGGCACAGGAUCCUCUCAGCCUGUGAAGCCUGCGUCGGGUAGGGCCGACUCGCGGACACCGUCGCGAAUCCCCUCCACAGCCCAAGCACAGGACAAAACACCAGACCAGACAGACGACGGUGCCAGAAAGCGCAAAGAAGCAGCCAAGACGGUUCGAUUCCUGGAGCACGGCCCAGAGCACAACGACCCCGACCGCGAAGCCACCGAACAGAUUCUGACAAAAAUAAAACAACAAAUACAGUACAGAGGCAAGUUCCCCUUGCCCAACGCAAACCUGCACUUCGAGCGGCUCCAAAAGGAAUCCCUCAGACACUUUGAAAUGUGCACGCAGUCACCCGAAAAGCUACCUGUGGGGGCCUACGCCAAGGAGAACGGCGGGGAGACCAACGAGGAACUGCUGCGCCAGGCGAACGAGAACCUGGACACGGAGAAUGAGAUUAAGACGACGUUUUUCGUCACCUUCCCGCCGAAGCUGACCGGCGAGGCGAAGGAGAAGCUGACGGAGGUGGUGCAGAAUGUCCGCGACUGGCAGUGCUGGAUGUAUGGACUCUCUGCGGCCAAAGUGCAGCAGCAGAUCAACGCGGGCAAGUUGCCGGCUGAUGCGACGGGGAUUGCGGAGGCGAAGAGGUCGCAGUAUAAGAACAUGGUCUUUGAUUAUGUGAUGCGUGCUUGUAACUGGGUAACGCAAACCUACGACGAGGUUCAGACCAAAUCGGUCUCUUGCACGAAGAUCGAGCUUCACACGACCCUCCUCAAAACCGUGCUCGAGGGCUUCCACGUCCCCGGCAAAAUCAUGGGUACUCUGCAUUCGGCGCUCGACAGCAUUGCGAACGGCAUGCUCACGGUGGCCAAGGAGAACAAGGAACAAACCAUGCAGUAUUUCAUCAUGCUGACCCGGUUCGAGUACGAGUCCGCUCUGGAAACAGCACAGCCGGUCAUCCGCGUCAUCAGCUUCCGCACCGACGCCUCACUUAGCAGAUUCACCCUCGCCAAGAGCAAGGUCGAAUCGGCCGAUUUUAACUUCACCUUCCGCCAAUGCCAGUUCGACUUCAACAACGCGUUGUUCUCGCAGAUCAAGCACAAUCUCGGCGAAAGUACACGCGCGGCCGGGUUGGAGGUAAUGAAGAUGAAUGCCUCGAUGAUCGAGCUCGAAGUGGACUCAGUCUUCAAAGAAUCCAUGGCUUCUCGCCCCCGCGCUACCCAGAAGCAGAGUGCGCCAGUCGGUGGUGGCGGGGACUAUGAUAGCAUCGUAAAGAGUAUCAGCCACAUCACGGAUCAGGGUUUCUGUGCGGAAGAUAGCGCUGCGGCGGUGUCGGAGAUUCUGGCCGCUGGGCCGUUUGAUGCGGCAAUCGCCACGUUGAUUGGGAGUAGGCUGGCGCUCCCGGGGCAUCAGGCCUUGAAGGACUUGUCGAUUGAAUCGCAGGAGGGAGCCAUUGCUCGGUUCCCUCCUUAUUGGCAGCUCCUCGGUUCGAUGAUUUUCAAGCAGCUGUUCUCCUCUAAUGGCAUUCCCCUGUGCCAGGAGGCAGUCAUUCCCCCAGCACUGCUUUUUCACGACGCAGUAAAGGCUCUCGAAGAUCAGCUGCGCAAGAAAACGGCGGCCAUGGAUGUUAUCGAGGAGAACAACCGAUCGCUGCAAUUUGCCUUGAACGAAGCGAGAAAGAAAGCAGAGUCGCAAGAGGAAAGUAUUGCGAAAAUGACGAAUACGAUCAGCGUCCUAAGGGAUCUGAGUAGGGUCCAUCCCGUGGCGCCGGACCAGGGCAACAAUCCACAGACCGAACCCCAGCCGUCGCAAGACCAGACUGAUCCGGUUCCAAAGGAAGAUGAACCCGCGAUGCAGGACGGCGAAUCCAAGGCGACGGAGCCAUCUGAACCGGUGGAUUCAAAGAGUCCGCCGCAGGCGAACGAACCCCACCCCCUCGAAAAUAGCAUGUCCGCUAAGCUGGAACGGCUGAGCCGGCAACUGCUUCAGCAUGACCCCUCACUGAAAACUCUCGCAACAGAAGAUAUCAAUCUGACCUCCAGGAUCGACUGCGAAUCGUCCAAGACAAGCAUCUCCCUCGAACACACCCAGAGCUUCGACGUGGAACUAUCCGCCAAACCGAACAUGAUGCUCGGCAUCACGGAACUGGAGUACGAAGGUCCCGCGCCAGACAUAGGGCUGUCCAUCACACGCUGCUCAACGAACAGCUUCACCAUGACCGCGACCGGGUCGAUCGCCAUCAAAGCCCUGCAGACCAGAUGGCUCGCCUACGCCACCACGAGCCCCCACAUCCGGAUGUCUACCGCGUCCCUGACCGCCGAAAACCUCGCCCCGAAACAGCCGCCCAGAUACACCACCACCCUCACCCCGCCCUUCUCCGCCUCCGCCAAGAUCCAGUCCCACCUGUUCAUCCGCGCCAUUCGCUUCAAAGAUGGCACCGUCGAUCCCGUAAAAUUCCAACCGCAGGUCACAAACCCCACGACAAACAAGUUCGAGUGGACACUUCCGGACAUUCGCAAGUCGCUGGCGGAGUUGCAGCUGGGGUAUUUUGCGCUCAAUACGCUGGGAGGAGAGAAGGUGUGCAUGGGCUAUGUCCUGGAUAGUGCGGUCAAGGAUCGUCAUCCUGUGACCUUUAAGGAGGGGAUGUUCACGCGCGCCCCGAAGGUGUUUCUCGCGCUGAAUGCCUUCGAGUCGACCAGGGAGCCGGUCAAGCGGCUUAGAGCCGAGGUGGUCAAGGUGGAUCGGAAUGGGAUGGAGGUGGUGACGGCGCGGGCUGGGUUCGAGUACGUGAAUUAUCUGUGGGUUGCGAUGCAGGUUGAUUAG